AGAGCUCUCAGCUAGAUGGGACCAAAUCUUCACUGGCCUGCAGACUCACACACUCUCACAUUAGCCCCUGGGGGAGAGAGAGCAGAGAAGAAGGAGGAAGGAACAGAAAGCAGCACACGGAGAGCAGGAGGCUGCUGCUGGUGUGCACACUGGCCGAGAGAGUGUUCUUUUUGCUUCCACUAGUUUUCUUCAACAGCUGUUGAUGAGUCAGGCUGGGUCAGCUCCAUCUCAUCUCAGUGUGGCGCCCAGAGGUGGCCAGGGGAGUCGAAGUGUGUACCGCUUCUCGAGUGUGCGUGACUUUUUUUUGCAACUGUUGAACACUGGAACUGUACUCUCAGCAUUAUGACUCUUCUGGGCUCUGAACACUCCAUACUAAUACGAAGCAAGUUUAGAUCAGUCCUACAGUUAAGACUUCAACAGAGGAGGACACGAGAGCAGCUGGCAGACCACGGCAUCAUGCCUCACCCGGCCUCAGACGGCUCCUCUCUAGAGGCCCAGAUGAGGCUAAAGCGAGCCCGGCUCGCCGAGGACCUGAAUGAGAAGCUGGCUCUCAGGCCGGGGCCCCUGGAGCUGGUCCAAAAGAAUAUCAUUCCCCUAGACUCUGCCAUCACAGUGACAGUAAACCAUGGUAAGUUUCCUAAGCAGGAGGACUCUUACGCGUUUGAGGAGGACAGCAGCAGUGAGAGUCUGUCUCCAGAGCAGCACCACAGUGAUGAGUCGCAGGGCUCGGCCUGCCCUUCAUCUGAGGCUGUUGGCAGUACGCCCUCCUCCUCCUGCUCACCUGCCCUCACCAGCCCACGACAGGGAGGUGCAGCCCGAGACGCACCUGAUCAAAGCCAGGACGAAGGGCUCUCUGGUGCCAACAACAGCCAGGGUUCUCCCCCAAUACCUGUUCCUGCUAUUGCCAAGUCCAAGACGUCAGACAAAAACCGACACAAGAAGCCUAAAGAUGUGAAGCCAAAAGUGAAGAAGCUCAAGUACCACCAGUACAUUCCUCCAGACCAGAAGGCAGAGAAAUCCCCUCCGCCCAUGGACUCGGCCUACGCCCGACUCCUCCAGCAGCAGCAGCUCUUCCUGCAGCUGCAGAUCCUCAGCCAGCAGAAACACGCUCACGCACAUCCACAGUCGCAGCAACACACACACACUCCACAGACACAGGCCCAGGCCCAGGCUCAGCAGCGGCAGCCUGCUUUCAGCUACCAGCCUCACCCAUCCACCCAAACCCAGAAAGGAGCCAGUGAGCAGCUGUCAGCUUGUAGCUCCAGCGGUCCAUCCAGCCAAACCAACAGUAACUCCUCCUCCCCGGUCAAGAAUACAUAUAACAACCAAAGCAACAUCUCACCGGUCAAACCUGGGCCCCUGCCAGCGAAUCUAGAUGACCUAAAAGUAUCAGAGCUCAGGCAGCACCUGCGUAUUCGCGGCAUGCCCGUCUCCGGCACCAAGACGGCCCUCAUUGAGCGACUCCGACCCUUCAAGGACUCUAAUGCUGGCUCCUCACCCUCGGGCUCCUCUGACAUCACCACAGUGACCUUCCCUGUCACACCCACAGGGUCCCUGUCCUCAUACCAGUCCCCUUCCUCCUCUAGCGCCCUGUCCCAGGGGGGUUACUACCCUUACCCCAGCACCUCCUCCACCCCUCCCAUCUCUCCGGCCUCCUCGGAGCUGUCCCUCAGCGGCUCGCUCCCCGACAGCUUCAGCGACGUGCCCAUGUCCUCACCAACACAGUUCACCCUGCAGCCAUCUCCGGCCCAGCUCAGUGCGGAGGACGGCCUGGGAGGGGGCAGCCUGGGCGGUGGAGGUCCGAGGGUGGGGGAGGGCAGAAGUAUGGAUGGCGUAGAAGCUGAAAAAGAUAAGAUGCUCGUGGAAAAGCAGAAGGUGAUUGAGGAGCUGACGUGGAAGCUGCACCAGGAGCAGAGACAGGUUGAAGAGCUGAAGAUGCAGCUCCACAAGAGAAAACGCUGCUAUGGAGCAACACAGGACACCAUCCCUCCAUCUCACCCCUCCAUGCACCACCAGCAGACCCAAGCCAUGAUGGGCCAGCACUUCUUUGGGGUGACUAUUAAGCAGGAGCCCAUGUCUUUGUCCUCCAGCUGCCCGCUGUCCUCUCCCAAACAGCUCAAGAGCUCUCCCGGCAGCUGUAUGGAGGAUAUGGGACACUGCAAUAACUCCCUCUCCAAUAUGGGGGGCCCCAGCGGGCCACAAUGUAUGGACACAACCCCUUCCUCUGGCAGCCCCUCCACAAUGUCUGCUUUCCUCAGUCCACAGUGCUCACCACAAGACUCCCCCAUUGGAAAGCCUUCUAGUAGCCCCCAGCCUUCGUCUCCUAACAACCGCUACUUGUUAUCACCUCCGUUGGGAAGAGACGGCUGCAGUCACCCCCACUCCCAGGGCAAUAACAGAGCACGCAACAUGCAGAUGCAUCAUAAGAAUGGUGGCCAGGCGGUGAACUGUUCUUAUCCUUGCGACCAAAGAGGCCUUCAGGGAGUCUUUCCCAACUCAACUGACUGUGGCCACAGCGGCUCAGCCAAGGCUGAGAACCAGAGUAUGCAACCAAAGAUGUCAGUAUUGCCCUCUCCUCGGCAUGUUGGCCAAAAGUGCCAGGUCUCUCCCCCUGCCUUCAGUAGCUCAGAUUCAGAUGCAUCUGACUUAAGACAGCCCCCAUGCUAUGAGGAUGCAGUCAAGCAGCAACUGACCAGAAGUCAGCAGAUGGAUGAACUCUUGGAUGUACUCAUAGAGAGUGGAGAGAUGCCAGCUAACGCCAGAGAAGAGAGGGAGAGGUCCUCUGUAACCAAAGUUGUGCCUCACAUUACUGUGUCCCCAGGGUGUCCCGGACUCCUCAUCCCGAGGUUCCACAGACACUACGAACACCUGUCCCCCACCCAGCUCCCUUACGACCACUCGGCCAAUCACAUCACUGAGAGCCACCUCGAGACUCUGCUGGGAAGUCCAAUUGGACGGGGCGGGGAGAUGGCCCUUCUUAAAAUGGCUACCGAGAACGGGGGGCAGGAAGAUGAAGGGAACAGAGAUGGCGAAGGGUACGGCAGCCCACACAAUCACCACCACCACCCUCACCCUCCCCAACAGGACAAACUUCUGAACAACAGAGAUCUAAUGGACACUCCUCUGUCGGCCAUCAGCGCCAAGGUGUCCGCCGUCCCUGAGGUGCAAGGGAUGGUCAGCAUGACUUUCAGCGAGACGCCGUGGGAGACCAUGGAGUGGCUGGACCUGACGCCACCCAGCUCGGCCACAGCCUAUAAUGUUGCUCCACCCAGUGGGCCCAGCAUCUUCAACACAGAGUUCCUGGAUGUCACAGACAUUAACUUGAACUCUGCCAUGGACCUUCACCUGGAGCACUGGUGAAAGAAACGCCGCCACCAAGUGCUGGCUAGCAACAUGCUGGCCAUCAACACAAGACACCAGCUUGCGGACCACUCCUAUCAGCUAUGAACAUACCAAAGAACUAUUGAAUUCUACCUUAACAGCUUCAGUCCAAGUGCCAGAAUUUGCCUCUUGUUAUAAUACAUUGGGAGGUGACAUUAAGUAGGACAUCAGAAGUUGAAUUACAUAAAUAUAUUUUGACAUAUUUUCUCCACUUCACUGAAAUGAGGGUCUCAUGUUGUAAUUAUACCCAGAAUCCAAAGAGUAGGUGCUUUUUGACAUGAUCUUUGUCCUUUUUGGACAACGAUGCGCACAACUGCCAUAUAAGUAUGACAGUGGACACACAUUCUAGUUAAUGGAAAUACAUGAUUACAGUGCUUUAUACCAACACUUUAUGCAAUAUCAGUGUUAUGCCACCUAGACUUGAAGACACAUUUUGACAAUCAUUGUAUAUUUUCUGAGUCUAUGUUUGUAUUACUGGAAAAAAAGAAAGGAAUUACAAGGUGAAUUGGAUUGCUUAGGAAGGCCAUUUUGUAAAUAUCUGAACUAUCUGUACUGACAGAGACAAGUUGACGUCUGCAUAUUUUGUCAGUGGUGUGGGAGAAGACACAAACCACAAAUCAAGUGUAUUAUGUAAUCAGUUCAUCAAUUGAUGUAAAUAUGACCCAAAUUAUCUCACUGCGCACCUCUAGUUAAAUACACAUUUGCCACAGUUUGCUUGUGCCUAGAAAAUCUGUGUAGAAAUGGUUCUCAUUCCUUUGACGGACUUUUUUUUAAUAGCUUCUUUUUGGUAUUUGGCAUAUUUAUCCACAGAAUGACAUUAUGGAGAGAAAUGACUGUCUGAACAUUUGGUCUUAUCUGUUUUAAUCAACAAACUUUAUUUGCGACCGCUUUUUAUUACAAAUUUUAUACACCAGUUUCCCCUUUACAAUGUAUUAUUAAUUUGCUAUUCCCUGAAAGCUGUUGACAGAUAUUAAGAUAGAAAGCGCCAACAUAAGUUAGUGUUUCUUUACUUGCAAAAUCAGACAAAUGUUAAUGAAAAAUACAACUUCAUCUCUAUUUUUAUUUUUUUUUUGUCCUUACAAAUUUCACCCUUUCUAUUCCCAGGCCAAUCACAGUUAUUUAUUUCGUGUUAUUAUAUUUAUACUUUAUCUUGUAUUUAUACUGACAUUCCUUUCUAGAUUGGGGCUCUUUGAUUUACCAGAUUUUCCAGUGCUGCCAUGUGACCACAGACAUUUCUUUGUAAAUCAAUUCUCUUACAAAUGUGAUACGAAGUGAAGGAACCACUUGGAAAAGCCAUGUUUUCUUAAAUCACUUUUCUUUAAAGAAUCAUAUAAAGUGGAAAUUUCCAUUAUUAGCACUUGUGAAUAGGAAAAUGUAAUAUAUUCAGAUCUUUACUGUGAAUACUGCAUUUUAACACAGCAUAAACAUGUAUCAGAGCCAGCCUAGACACACUAAUGAGAGACUAAAUCACCUCUGUCUGUCACCAGCACCUCUAGUGCUCACUGAUUAACACGUUAUAUCUUGUUUGUUUAAUCCAGGACAUAGCACAACUUCUUUUGACACUUUUUUUUUUUUUUUUGGAUUAAACUAAUUAAAUAUAUAGUGUUAAUUAGUGCGCUUUAACCCCCCAAUAAAGCUCAACCUUGGACUGAGUCAGGCUAUUAGUUUGCUUGUGUUAAGCGGGUCCUGGCUCCAGCUUCAUAUUUAUCAGACAUAUAUGACAGUUGAUUUUCUCAUCUGACUGUCAGCAAGAGAGAUAAUAGGUAUACUUUCCAAAAUGUCAAACCAUUGUUAAGCCAGUGGUCAAUACAUUUCUUGCAUUUAAAGUUAUGUCCUCAGUAAACAUGGGUCUCACUUUGUGUUCUGUUUAGACCAAAUAUUGCUUUUUUUCCUGUUACUUAUUAAGUGUUGCACUUGUUAAAUGGGUUGUAUGGUUACAUUUAGGCUUUAAUAAUGCCCAUCUUGAAUAUAUGACAAAGCGGAUAUUCUUUACCUUCUGUGUUCUGUUGUAAGAAUAUCUACUGGCCUUUUUUAUCUGGUGGGUUUCAGUUUGCAAUAAUUUUCCCUAAUUAAGAUAAGAAAAAAUCACAUCUGACAGAAGCUUCCAUGUUGCUUGGCCACUGACUAACAGUAAACAGUAUUUGCUUGCUUCCCUGUAUACUACAGAAAGAAGAGCAAUAAACUUUAUCACAGCAAA